AUGACAGCAGAGCCGCCGUCCCUCUGGCAUAAAAUAUCGACGACUUCCUACCUCAAAGUUAGUUUCGCUCUCUUCGAAAAACCCCUGAAUGGAAUCAAAGAUUCUCUUUUUUACGCCCCACAAAAGUUGCGGUAUCAACAGUCUUAUCAUUUCCUGUGAUAAAGCCUUUCUCUCGUUGCUCUCGUUGUUCCGUCACCCUCCUCCAUGAGCUUUUUUCAUGGGCAACAAACUAUUCGCGUUAGUCAGCUCCCAUUAUUUGACAGACUCAUCUAAAGUACCACAAAAACGUUCAAAUUUUGGUAUUUCUCGAUCAUGUUCUGGAAAAUGACUAGUUUAGGCUGACUAAAAUGACUAGAAUGACUAAAAAGUCAUCUUAAAUACGUUAGAUAUUGAAAGAGGAUCCAACACAAUCUGAGAGGUUAAUUUUUAAAAAAUGAAAGUACUUUUUUUUUAAAAUAAUGUCCUAAAGUGCCUCGUUUUCUCGAAAAAGGACUCCUCAAUAUAAGUUACAAGUUUACAAAUGUAUUCCGUUUUGAGAGAAAAUAACUUUGGGUGAACUUACAAAAAAUUGUGUUUUGCAGGUUUUGGAACCAGCCCUGGACCCGAGUACGGUGAAUGUGAACGGCCGGGCAGUUCUUCUCAGCAUCUUGCUGUUGUAUGGCUUCGGUGAGUCUCAUCGGCUGGGUUCUAUUCGCAGAAUUCAGGAGCGGCUGGGUACAUCGUGCCGACACUGUGUGGCGUAGCGCAGCGCGGCUUCUUCUGCGACGACGACACGAUUCGCUACGAAUUUCGGCAUGACACAGUCACCACCGUCCAGCUCAUUCUCUACAACCUCGUUCUCAAUGCCGUCACAGUUAGCUUGUUAAUUUUUUGAAAGAAGCGACAGGAAAAACUGAAAUCCAAUUUGGAAGAUAUCUUAUUGUAUCUAAAAUUCCAGAGCAAAAAAAAAAUGGGAAAAGAGCAUUCAACAAGAGGCGAAUCAAUCACGGUUUACCCGUUGCCGCACACAUUCUUUUAAAAUAGUUUUGAGCAUUUCUGAACCGUGUUUCAGACGUUUUUUUUUGUUUCGAUAGAUUGCCAGAAUUGAGCUUAAUGUUUCGAAAUGAAUCUUUUGUACACUUGUCAUAGGAAUUUUGGAUGUAAUAAUAAAAUAACUUUUCGCGAUAAAUUUUUUUUUUGUUGAUAUUUAUGAAAAAAGGCUUCGAAGACAUUCAUUUUCUUUUGUCGAUUACAUAUGUUAACAGAAACAGUUAACUUUUACAGUCAAACUUUAGCUAGUAGACAAAAAAAAAUCGUCAAUUUUAGUGGCGUUAAGGGGCGGGGCUUUGCACUCCUCAUGUAUUUGUACCGCCCUUGAAUAAGAUUUUGGAAGACUUCAGAAAAAUUCCUCCUCAAAAAAUUACCUUCAAUAGAAAAGAAAAAAAUCUUCAAUAAAAAUGAAAUUAACAAUAUAGUUUUCCCUUUGAAAAAAGGAGCUAAUUUUCUCUAAAGUUCGAUAUAAAUUUGAAACUUUUGACAGGUUAUAGUGACUGAAUACUACCGUAUGAACCAGAUCGAGAAAGCUAUCCGAGUGCCUAAAUACAAGUGGCGCGACAGCCAUUUGCACGUUCUGUUUGUUCGGCUGGUGACUUAUUUCGGUGGGAAACCUAUCAGAACGAAACGACUGCCUCGAUUUUAGGUUACUCGCAAAUAGGCUUCGUCAUGAACUUGACGCUGAACGUCGCGACGAAACACAUGGUCGGAAGACUACGGCCUCACUUCCUUGACGUUUGCCAUCUGGCCAACGACACCUGUGUGAUUGCCAAUCAGCACAAGUGAGGCUGCCCCUUCUUCGACAGGAAGUCACCCGUUUUUCAGAUACAUCAUCGACUACAGCUGCACGGGAAAUCCGGAGCAAGUUCUUGAUGCACGCAAGAGCUUCUACAGCGGCCACUCGUGCAUCUCCAUGUACUGCGCCGUCUGGUCCGCGGUACCGAAAAAAUCUCAAGUGCCCAGUUCAGGGUUGAUCCUACGAGGGAAAACUGAUUGGCUUCUAUGAGCCGAACAAAAGCGCCCCCAAACCGUUUUUACACUUUGUCUCGAUACCACUCUUGGAUCCCUUGAACAGUCCCUUAAAACUGAUAAUAUUCUUCACUCAGUCGUAUUUUGCAGCUUUACAUCCAAGCGCGGCUGUCAGGGGCCCUGCAGAACAAUGUGGUAGUGCCGCUUCUGCAGACGAUCAUGAUCAUCACUGGCCUUGGCAUCAGUUUCUCGCGCAUAACCGACAACAAGCAUCAUUGGAGUGACGUCCUUGUCGGAAUUGCUAUCGGCGUAUUUAUUGCCAUUUAUAACGUGAUCGUAACAAGUCUAUCUUUUUGCAAUAUUUUUUGCAGUGCCUUUUUUGGACGAAAAUCUUUUCAAAUAACAAAGAAGAAGAGGAAAACGCACCAUUAAUUAUCAGUCGACAAAUCCCAACUACAGCCGUACAGCUCGAGAUUGAACACGAAGAUUUUAACAAUUUAGCGCCAGCACCAGUAAGACCAACAAGAAGCGAUGGUAGAUAGAGAAUAUGUGAAUAAAUGAUUGAUUUUUUGUAGCUUCUGCACUCACGGCUGUAACCAUUCUUCAGGACAACAGCCGACACGGUAGUCACUCCAGCGAUUAA